CACGUCGGCCCGCGGAACUGCACGGCGGCGGCCGAACGUGUGUUAAAUGGCUGUGCGUCGGCCAUGAUGGCUUUGAGCAGGGACCGUGUCACGCAAACAUGUUUUCAAAGUGAUAUAUCUCGUUUGGUGACUGAGUGACCGUGCUCCAGCGCGAUGGCCGGGGAACGAUGAGGCCCUGAGCGCUCUCUGUGCCGGGUAAUUCGGCCCCAGGGCCCCCAGCCAGGCCUCAAUAGCCCAGGUCCACGGCGUUCCGCGAAACCCGAGGCCCCCCCAGCCGACCCGACUGGCCUCUUACGGUGCGGCCAGCCAUCCUUGGUUGUCAACACGCGCGAGCCAGCCGCCCUCAGGAUGAGCAAGCUGUCGUUCAGGGCGCGCGCCCUGGACGCCUCCAAGCCCAUGCCGAUCUACAUGGCCGAGGAGCUGCCGGAUCUGCCAGAUUAUUCGGCCAUUAACCGCGCGGUGCCCCAAAUGCCCAGCGGCAUGGAAAAGGAGGAGGAAUGCGAACAUCAUCUUCAAAGGGCGAUAUGUACGGGUCUAAUCAUUCCUACUCCUGAAGUAACCGAUCUGGCAGAUGCGGAGACUUAUAACAAGAUAUAUCCUGCUGAUUAUAAGCUGCCUCGCCAACUAAUACAUAUGCAACCCUUUGCUAUGGAACAAGACAUACCUGAUUACGAUAUGGAUUCUGAAGAUGAAAAAUGGGUUGCGCUACAAAGCCGUAAGAUGGAAUUGACUCCUCUCCAAUUUGAAGAAAUGAUGGAUCGUCUGGAGAAGAGUUCAGGACAAACGGUAGUUACCCUCAACGAAGCCAAGGCACUUUUGAAGGAGGAUGAUGAUUUGAUUAUCGCGGUGUUUGAUUAUUGGCUCAACAAGCGUCUCAAAACUCAACAUCCUUUGCUGUUAACUGUUAAAACAGAGAAUCGAUUUGGCUCAGCUGCCAAUAAUCCAUAUUUUGCAUUCAGACGACGUACUGAGAAAAUGCAAACGCGUAAGAAUCGCAAAAACGAUGAAACCAGCUAUGAGAAAAUGUUGAAGCUUCGUAGAGAUCUUAGUAGAGCAGUCACGCUUUUGGAAAUGGUGAAACGUCGAGAAAAGACAAAACGUGAACAUCUACAUCUCACAAUCGAGAUUUACGAGAAACGAUAUCAAGCGCAAGAUUUCAGUGGACAAAUAUUGUCAGAGGUGUCGGCGUUAAAGGCACCGAGACCAGCUUUUGCUCCACUCUUUACUAAUCAGUUCGGUGUUCAUCAAAAUUGGACAAAUAAAGUUUGUAAAGAUGAAGUAGUGCCCAGGAAAGAAAAGAGACAGUAUAAAAAGCGAAAACAUAAAACGGAUAGUAGAGGAGGAAGUUUGGACGACACUGGUAUUCGUAACGGAACGGGUAGUGGUGGAGGUCGAGGAAAUCGCCCAGGAGUUCUUGGAAGCGGGCUGGAUCCACUCAUAAGUUCGGAUGAAGAUAGCCCGCUUCCGUCUCAUUCACACUCCCAGCCCUCGUUACCCUCUGAUCGCGAUGACGAAGACACCGCAGACGAGGGCCAAUUCGCUUUUCGUCGAAAUAGGAAUAGCUCUUAUUUACCGCCUGUAUCAGGUGGUUUUGGAAAUUGGCCUUGGUGUGAUAAAAGCGAAGGCGGUAUUGCUGAUAAAAAGUACAGAUUUGCGCUGACUAGCAUUAGCAAACCGAUGCCAAGGUGUAUUGGCUUCGCACGACGAAGAAUUGGUCGUGGUGGCAGAGUAAUAUUAGAUCGCUGUACGGCCGAUAUGGAUGAUAUGUGGUCUACUUUAGAUUUCACGAUACAUGAUUCCAAUCGCGAGACAGUGGAUUCGAACGCGACUGCCACAGCAACGACUACCGUCAAACAAGAGUGGUUACAUUUUCGACCAAAGACUCCGCCUGUGCAUAGUCCAAGUGAGGAAAGUACUGACGACACGGACUCGGACGUUGAGCCAAUAAUGUCUCGAUCCAAGCUUCCAUACCCGUUCCCACCUGACGCGACGUCCAUAUGCAUCGAGGUGGAGCCGGAACGCGCGGGUGACGAAUCGCCAUUUACGUCGGAGUUCAAUAUCGCGGAUUACUUCGUGAUGGACACCAUGUCAGACAUGGAGCUCGCAGAGACGAGCCUCAGUAAUACGGGUAGUGCGUGCGUCAGUGGUCUCUCAGAUAGCAGCGUGAACGAAUCACGGACAGACGGCGAGCUGGGCAGUUCACAUUUUGUGGUGACACCGCUCGUGAAUAAUCUGUUCGCGCCGCUCACUAUGGCACAGCAUACCCGGCUUAUCCAAUGUAGUGGUUCUAGUGUUGUACAUACUUCUACGAGUUCUUCGUCGAUUCCUACCUUGUCCUCCGUCGUCGCGUGUACGACCAAUCAAGCUAACGUAGCAUCGAGUACAAUGUCCACGCAGUGCACUGUCGGUGUCAGUGCCGCGGUCGAUACACAAUCGAAUCAUCAGUCCAAGCAGCAACACAGACAAUUGCCGAACAAUAGUGCUACUGCUUCCAUUCUCUCGAAAUCUUUGACUAGUCCGACAAAUAAUAGGAAUGGUAGUAGCUGCGGUGGUAGUAGUGGCGGUGGUAGUGCAAAUGUUAGAGUGUUUAGUGCGAGUACCACAUGCGGCGGCAGCGGUGGGGGCGGUGGUGGUAGCAGUAGUAGCAGUAGCGGUAACGGCAGUAACGUCACAAACUUUGGCAAUAGCCACCAAAACGGCCCGUUGCCGCACAUAAACAACUCUAAUAACCUGACGAACAGCACUCACGUUGUGAACAACCAACAGUCCACGUUAGUUCUGCCACAGAAGCAUCCGCCGUCCAAUCUGUUACCCGGCCUGAUAACGCAAAGUAAAUUGGCGACCCUCGCGAGGAAGCAGCAACAGCAGACGCAAAAUCAGGCGCCACAGGUCCCAACGUCCGGGGAAAUUACGCUUAAUAGUAAUAGUGAAAGUUUGGAUAUGGAAGUGGAUGGAGUGGACAGUUCGCCAUGCGAUAGCAAACCGCAGCAGCAGCAGCUUGUACGGGCGAACAAAACAAAUUCACUGGCGAUGGAAGUGACAUGAUGCCUGCUAUCGGCACCCCUGUUGCCGCCAAUACGUCACUGGGGGCUUCGCUAAUUCUCUUACCUUGCCUAUGAUGAUCUGCUUCGGGCGAGAGAUCGGACGCGUGAUGAUAUACUGCUCUAUGUUGACGUGAAAGAGCGAUACGGCUAGGUACAAUUGCUCCUCCAAUCAGUUGUUUUAUCAUGGCGACACUAAUCAGCGAAUGCGUGGAUUCUAAUGCAAGUACCAAGUUUCUUUGUCUUCUCUCCAUCGGAGGGAUCGUGCUCCUCUUUCUUCAAAUUAUCUUUUUCCUUGCUCAUUGAACGAUCAAUAGCAAUUUACCGCAAAUACGCUCAAUAGCCAUGUGAAAAAUAUUGCCAUUGUUUUUGUAGAUACAAGUAGUACCUUCCAACAGGAGAACAUGUGAUGACACGGUGUGACAUAGUACAUCAUUACAUCCUUGUUGUUCGCCAAUGUUAAACAAAGAUAAGAAGAUUACUGUAUUGUACUGAGUCGCUUGUUGGAAGGUACUUAUAAUUCCGAGAAGAACUAAUCUAUCCGAUUAGCUGAAAUUAGCACUAACGUUUUUUCAUAAUAGUGCUCGUUUUUUUUCUUUGUCUUUAAGAAUAGGGAGUAAUAUAUAGUCUAAGGACACAAAUUGGGUUCUAACUACACGAAUAGCUUAACUGUAAAAAAAAAAGUAAAAGAGAUUGUGUGUAUCAUUAAGUUACUCGUCGAAAUAUAGCGUGCAAUACUUCUCUUUUGUUUUUAGUGACAAUAGUCUGAAAUAAUCUCGUUCGUUCAAUGCAAGGAAAAUCGUGAUCGAAAAUCGACAAUGUAAAUUAAUUACGUUUAUCUUGAUUUAAAAAUUUCUUAUUUAUCAGAUCAAUAUCGUUCAAUUAUACAAUAAUUGGACGCACAAUAAUGCAACAAGCUUUCUCAGACACAGCAUUGAUUAUUUAAUUAUUGAAAUUCUACAAAAAAAUCCUUUUAGUUUUA